CGUGAACGAGACUUGGACAGAAGAAAUUGCGGUUUGCUCUCACAAUUCUUCCAGCUUUUUAAACAUGUCUGACAGAUUAAAAGCCCUGAAGGAGAGGUCGAAACAGCGAAGGGCUUUGCUCGCGCAAACGCUGAAUGUUACGGAUGGGGAUCAGCUUGGGAGUGUUCUUAGCAGUAAGGAGGAGCUAGAACACAGAGCUGCUCAUUCCUCACCCAAAGAAACACAUACAAGUACCAGCUCCAUAAGCUCAGCAACCACUACCAGUAUCCCACCUAAACGUCACAUCGUAGAUGACCCAUCCAAAGCACUCAGUACAGCAAAGCGGACACCCAUCAAGGAGAGUCAAGAUGAUGAUGAAGAUGACAGCCUCGUUGAGAAAGUCUACAAAGAUUCUAGUACAUUCCUCAAGGGAACACAGAGUGCUAACCCUCACAAUGACUACUGUCAACAUUUUGUCGACACAGGUCAACGACCCCAGAACUUUAUUCGUGAUGUGGGGCUUGCUGACAGGUUUGAGGAAUACCCAAAGCUGAAGGAAUUGAUCCAUCUAAAGGAUGAGUUAAUUACCCAAACAAACUCACCUCCAAUGUACCUCCAUUGUGACCUUGAGACCUAUGACCUCGGGGAGUUGAACCAUAAGUUUGAUGUCAUACUAGUAGAUCCACCCCUCGAGGAAUACCGCCACAGACCUGCAGUUAUGACCAACCAGAAGUUCUGGAGUUGGGAUGAGAUUAUGCGUCUUGAGAUUCCCGCUGUAGCAGCCCAUCGAUCCUUCAUCUUCCUAUGGGUUGGUACAUUAGAAGGUCUAGAUAAGGGACGACAGUGCUUAGCUGAAUGGGGCUUCAGGAGAUGUGAAGAUAUCUGUUGGAUCAAGACUAAUGCUAAGAAUCCAGGAAGUGUUGGUCUGGAACCCAAUGCCAUCCUACAAAGAACCAAGGAGCACUGCUUGAUGGGUAUCAAAGGAACCGUCCGACGCUCAACAGAUGGAGAUUUCAUCCACGCUAACAUUGAUCUGGACGUCAUCAUCACUGAACAUCCUGAGACUGGAUCUCUAGAUAAACCAGAAGAGAUAUUUCAUAUCAUUCAACAUUUCUGUCUGGGUCGUAGGAGGCUGCAUGUCUUUGGAUCAGACAGUACCAUCAGACCUGGGUGGCUGACCAUUGGUCCAAAGAUCACAAACAGCAACUUCACCACGGAAACCUACGAAGGAUACUUCAACAAAUCACAGACAGACUUCCUUACCGGCUGCACAGAAGAGAUUGAACGGCUCCGCCCUAAAUCACCGCCCCCAAAGAUCAAAGGAGGAGGGGGGCCAGGAGGUGGUAACUAUGGGGGUAGAGGGGGAGCAGGGGGUCGUGGUGGCCAAGGUAGGGGUGGACAGGGAGGUAGGGGAGGCCCAGGUGGGUCUCAAGGAGGUUGGCAAGGGGGUGGAAGGGGAGGGUUUAGUGGAAGAGGAAGAGGCGGCGGACCGGGGAAGGGAAGGGGAUUCCAAGGGAGGGGUGGUUUUUAA